AUGAGAUCGGCGUCUAGCAAGCCGGCCGGUUCGUGUACGCAGGGGAAGGGCCAAAACAGAUCUCUGGCGGCUGAUUUUGUGGCUGACAACAGAACUGUAAGGGACAGAAGCACCAGUUUCAAGGAAAGUUUCUACCCUAAAACUGACGAAAAGAACACCAUUCCCGGCGCAGAUAAGGGCAUACCGAGAAAGCAAGGCUUAGCUUUGCUUCCAGCGCAAAACCCGGCUCAAUUGGACCACAGUUUCAAAAUAUUCAAAAUAUUGCUCCAUCGACACAACGAAAAUUUGGAGCGGAUAUUGAAGUUAACUCCUGACAACAGGCACAUUGCUUAUCGUAGCGGACAAGGUUGCGCAGGCGAACAGUGCGAUACGCGCUACUGUCGGCGCCUGCCCAAGUUUUUGAGGAUACGGCCGGAUCGGCGCCAAGUUUCACACGAGUGA